AUGGCCGGAGUAGCCGUGGGGAAAGGGGGGCCAGAGCCCGACAGCUCCGAGGAGGAGCUGGACGCGAGGGAAGCACCCCAGGAGUGCUACAGGCAGAGUUUGUGGGUGUCCCAAGGCAGGGAAGCAGACGCCAGCCCGGGGGACACGGAAGGGAUGAAGAUGAGGAAGAGGAGCAGGCCGGUGCGCUCCAAGGCCAGGAGGAUGGCUGCCAACGUCAGAGAGCGUAAGAGGAUUCUGGACUACAACCAAGCCUUCAACGCCCUGCGGCUGGCCCUCAAGCACGACCUCGGUGGCAAAAGGCUUUCUAAAAUCGCAACCCUCCGGCGAGCCAUCAACCGGAUCACGGCUCUGUCGCUGUCCCUGCACGGCGCCGGGUGCUGCUGGCCCUGCGCCCACUCCGAGUGCCGCGCCCGGGCCGGGGUCCCUGCGCAGGAGUCGGGGCUGAAGAGCAGCCGCCCCCAGCUGCCCUGGGAGCCCCUUUCUGCAGGGACACGGUGCCCUCCGUCCCCUCUCAGCGCUGCGUUUUCCCCUCAGAGGCAGCUCCAUCACUACGAGAGCCCCAAGGAGAAUCGCCCCGUGCCCAGCCCCGCCUGUUGCUCCGGCGGGACCCCGCACCCCGCGCCCCGCGGCGCCGGCCAGCAGCGAUUCACGGGCAGCCUGCAAGAGCCCCUGGCCGGGGCUGUCCCCUGGCAGCUGGGCUACUGCCAGGGCUGGGGACAGCAGCAGUGCCUCCCCACGCAGUGA